CUGUGAUUUGGAGGAAUUUUCGUUGGGGUUGUACAAAACUGUGCAGUCAAACCUCUUUUGAACAGGCAGUCUAGGGAGCAACUCAAUCUGGCUGUCUCAUGCAAGUGGCUGCUUAAGACGAGUUGAUAUUAAUAUAAAACAUUAAGUUGGAAAGUUAGCUGACUAGCUUCUUAAGAAAAGUAACUGCUUGAUACAGGUGACCACUAAAGUAGGUUCAAAUAUAUUAAUGAAUGUCUGUUACUUUAAAGCAGUUUUGAAAUAAAGAUAAUUGGAAGAAAACAGCCAUGUUAAAUAUCAUAUAGAUGAAUAUUCUAUUUACAAAUAUGGAAAUUUUAUCUUAUAUUCGCAACUAUUUAUUAUAUUUCUGAGUAAACACUUUUAUUAGGUUUUCUCAUGUAAGUGAAAUGAAAAAAAAACAUGUAUAACAACCAACAUGCCAUUCUUAUGAAACGCAUCUGCAUUUAAUUUACUGUUUCGAGUUAUCCACUGUAUCUUACUUAGAAACACAUGAAGAGUUACUAUAAUUAGCUCUAGGAUGUAAUGUUAAAGAAUGCAUAAUUAACAUAGUUUCAAUUCAACACUUUCUGCUAUUACAAGAUCCGCAUGGAAUAAUGCACGAAGUGAGAGCCGAGCAAGGCCACGGAAUUCUGUUUGACAACGAAAGACAAACAAAUAUUAUUGGACAAUGCAAUGACAAUAAAACAAAAGAAACAAAACGGUUUGACGAUAACGUGCAAGAUAUUGUUCUUGAUCAUCACGGUCAAUUUCAAACUGUAUCCCCUAAUGCCGUUAAUGUUGAAACAGACAGGGUAUUGCAUGGCAGCGAGCUGUUACAUUGUUUAGAUCUGUUAUGUGUCACUGGAAACGAAACAGUAGAACACACUUGUACGAACAAAAUGGAAUCAGACAUUUUGCAUGAGGAGAAAAAAGAAGCUGUCACUGAAAUAGUAGGAACAGCAUUAGAUGAUAUAAACCAACUGGACCCUAUUCGUGAGAAAUUCAGUGAAUUUAGAAGCAAUGAAGUAGAGCCUGUGUGUUUUGAAAAUGAGACUCAAGAAAAUGAAUCUGCAACAUAUACUGAGAAGAAAGGCAAUGCUCUUAACGAUUUAAGAAAAACUGCGGAAUACAAAAUAGACAAUAAAGAUACCGAGACUGAUUUCCGAUGCAAUAUAUCUGACGGAUCCAUACCCCCUAUGCAUGAAAACACUGCAACUGAUUUGUUUGACAGUGACGGAAAAGAGAACAUUUCGUUGAUACUUAGAAGAACUAACAAUGGCAAUGUCGAUACAUGUACAACACUGUGCAAUAACAGCGAAAUAGGAAAGUCAAAUAUUCAUUCUAGAAUAGAAACAAAUGACAAUGUAACUGCUGCAUUGCAUGGAUCAAACACAGGAGAAUAUAUUUAUGUUGCAUCAAACCCAAAUAGGCUUUAUCAAAACAUGGCAGUUAUUAGUUCACAUGUAACUGAGGAAGAUUAUAUUUGCAUCACAAAGUCUGACCCCGAAAUGCCUAUACGCACUAUCACUUUACCAGAUAAAAAAGACGUACACAAAGUGGGAUACCUUCAAAAACAGGGCGGUGUAGAUAGGAAUCAAGGCUGGAAGAAAAGAUGGUUUACUUUUGAUGCCAAAGCUUUGAAAUAUUACCGAGAUGAAAAGAGCAGCGUGUCUCUUCGGAUAAUACCGGUGGCUUUAAUGAGAUCUGUUUCUCCAGCAAAUGAUACGGGACCAAAAUUAAGAUCAUCUGCACCUGUGACGGAUCUAUUUUCGGCUUCUGGCAGACAGCAUCAAUUUACACUGGAAUGCAAACAGCGAACAUUUUUGUUUGGGACCGACAAUAUUGGGAAUUGUCAACAAUGGCAAAGUUCGUUAAUGGCGGCCAUUAUUGAAUACCAAAAGUGUGGCAUUACUGAUAUACCUUAUGGCGGCGAAAUGAACUCUCCAGAUAUUUCAGGAUUUGUGAAAUUUGAUACUUGCAAGACGAAAUACUAUGUUGCGCUAAAAGGGGAAAUACUGCGAUACUACCACAACCUAGAGGAUUUUUCAGUGGACUGUCCGAUACAUGAACUGUCAAUGGAACGUAUCUCUGUCAAGGAAAUCAGGAAAACAGCAUUGCAGUUGCGCAGUCCACCAGACCAAACAUUUGUAUUGCAAUUUGAUCUAGAGAACGAUGCUAUACAGUGGAAGACAUAUAUUGAAACUGCGAUAUUAAGAGCGCUAGGGGAUGAUAAGGUUCUGAAAAAGGUUAGAGAAAAGGAAGAUAAUAGGAUGUGUGCCGAUUGCAACUCACCAGAUGCGGAAUGGGCUUCUAUUAAUCUAGGGAUUGUCGUGUGUACAAAAUGUGCAGGCUCACAUAGAAGCCUUGGCGUUAACAGAUCAAAAGUGAGAUCUCUCCGAAUGGACAAUCUGUCUAAAGAAAAUGAAAAUAUAUUACAAUUACUAGAAGCCAUUGGAAACAAGAACGGCAAUCAGUUUUGGUGCAAGAAUUCCGAGGAAGUCAGGGUGAUUGAUGGACAGACACCUGAUAUCAUUAGACAGAAACAUAUUGAAGAAAAAUACAUGAAAAAGAAAUAUGCAGAUCUACUGCGAUCAAAUACCAAGGAGGAACUCAAUAUGGCAUUAUAUUCAGCAGUGAAGGCAGGGAAUAUCAUACCAGCAAUGGUUGCAUUGUUUUCUGGAGCAGAUAUUAAUUUCAAAUGUCCAGAACAAGGAACAACUGUUCUUGAAGUUGCCAACGAAACUUGCAAUGACGUAUUGAAGGAGUUUCUUGAACAGAAUAAGAACACAGAUGUGACCGUAAUACAGUCGAACAACUCCACAGAACAGGGAACUGGUAAGAAAACAUCAAUCUAUCAUGAAGGCUAUUUAGACAAGACAGGACCUAACCUCAAGGGAUUUUUGAAGCGAUGGUGUGUUUUGCAUUACGGGAGGAUAACAUAUUUCAGUGAUAAGCAGGGAUCAGAAAAGGGAUUCGUGGAUUUAGCAGAUAUUGCAAGUAUUUCAAUAGUUACCGGACAAAGACAAUAUAGCUUCGACAUACAAACUAAGAGUCGCACAUAUCGUUUUGCGGCCAAAGAUGAAAUGUCACUCGGGAAAUGGUUGAAUGUUGUGAUUCAGGUCAUUAGCCCAUUUGAUUUUGAAGGACUUGAUCACAUCCUAGCGGCUGGUUAUUUCUACUUCAAGAAGCAGCUGACAUUUUGGGCAAAAGUGUGGCUAGUCCUCCAAGAGAAUGCAUUACAUAUCAGACAGAGAGAUGAUCUCGAUGUUCAUACGAUACAGAUUUCCGGUCACAUGAAAUGUCUUCAGUUCAAUUUAGGCAAACAUUCAGAAAAGGUAGAAGAUGUUAUAAAGCAGCUUGACAGCAAUCAAAGUAUUGAGCUGAUAUCAUCUGAAGGACACGUUGUAGCAUAUUUACAAGGGAUGACACUUAAAGACACAAGAAAGUUGUUUUCUUUACUGGAGGCUGCAAUUCGUGGGCAAUCUUGACAUAUAUAUUUAUAGAGAUACAAUGAAUUUGGACUUACUUAAUACGUGCCUUAUUUUCUGAAACACAAAUGUAUACAACUCCGGGGAUUUAUCUAAAAUAGUUUAGUUACGUUGACGACGAAAUUGUUGGAAGAGUGGUCUUUAAAAUUACUGAAAGUAAAGUGGAAAAUUUUCAUAUUUUGUUUGUUAGUUAUGAAGUGUACAAGUUAUAUUUGUUGCUCAGCUUAAAGGUUUUGUGUUAAGCUCACUAAAAGCUCAAGGUGAGCUUAUGUGACUGCUCGUUGACCGUCGUGCGUCGUGUGGCAUUAAGUUCUAAAAAUAUCUUCUUUUACAAAACCACAGGGCAGAUUCACACCAAAAUUCACCGAAAUGAUCCAUCCUUGGGUGACCCUCUUUUAAAAUUGCCCAAAGAAUUGAAAUCUAUGCAGAACUCUUGUUGCCAUGGCAACCGAAAGGAAAAACUUUUAAGAUCUUUUUGUCCGAAACCACAGGCCAUAGGGCUUUUAUUUGGUAUGUAGCAUUAUCUUAUAGUCCUCUACCAAGUUUGUUCAAAUUAUACCCCUAAGAUCAAUUAUGGCCCCGUCCUGGGGGUCACUUGGUUUACAUAGACUUUAAAAACCUUCUUGUCCAAAAUCACAGAGCGUGAGCCUCGAUAUUUGACAUGUGACAUCAUCUAAUGGUCUUCUAAAAAGAUAAUUCAAAUUAUGCCCCAAGGGUGAAAAGAAUCCCCGUCCCUGGGGUCCCAACUUUUACAUAGACUUAUAUGGAAACAAAAAUUUUAAAUCUUCUUGCCUGAAACCACUAGACCUAGGCCUUUGAUAUUUGGUAUGUAGCAUUGCCUUGUAGUCAUCUACAAAAUUGUUCAAAUUAUGCCACUGGGAUGAAAAGAGGCUCAUAUUACUCAGGUGAGUGAUCCAGGGUCAACAUGAUACUCUUUUCAAUUGCAUACUAGCAACAGCCUUUACAAAGAAUUGAUUCGUAAAACUGCUGACUGUUAAACUAUGAAUUUAAAGUAAAAGGGUAUUAUACAAGUGCAUGUAUGGUACUCCUGUUGUAACAAUUGUGUGACCCUCUUUUAAAAUUGCCCAAAGAAUUUAUUACGUGGGAGACAAAUUUUCGUGAAUUUCAGUUGUACGCAAAAUGUGACUCCAAAGAAUAAAAGAAACAUGCAGUUAUUAUUAAACUGAUUUCAAAUAUUGACCUACAAUGUGUAGCUGUGACUGUGAUAAUGAAACAAAUAAAUAUUAUUUAUGUG